AUGAAGAUGCGUACCUGGCUCUGGUACAUGAUAUACUAUCUAUCAACUCCCGCGACAAGUGGAUUCCUAAGAACACUGCCUUUUGAGCCACCUGAAAAAGCCACGAUUCCAUUUACUCCUCCGAUUUUUGUCUCAGAUCAGCCUAAAGUAUAUCCCAAAGCAUGCCCAGGGAAUACACCCAUGACAAGAGACCAAUGGUGCCAGUACAGCCUAUACACAGAUUAUACAUCCACCGUUCCUGACACUGGAGUUACCCGGGAGUUCUGGUUCAAUGUACACCAGGCAACCCUAGCACCCGACGGACGACCGAGAUCGGCGCUCGCAAUAAAUGGGACCUUACCAGGACCAACAAUCAAAGCGAAUUGGGGCGAUACGGUGGUAAUACACCUUCGAAAUCAUCUGAAGGACGUCAAAAAUGGAACAAGUCUACAUAUUCAUGGAUUGCGUCAACACUAUACAAAUCCCAUGGAUGGUGUAGUCUCUGUCACGCAAUGUCCUAUUGCACCGGACAACACCAUGACCUACCGAUGGCGAGCGACCCAGUACGGCACAACAUGGUAUCACUCUCAUAUAGGACUCCAGACUUGGGAAGGCGUCUACGGAGGCGUGAUUAUCAAUGGACCAGCGAGUAGGAAUUAUGACCAAGACACGGGUGUCAUUCUACUUUCUGACUGGGACAUCAACACUGUUGACGAGCUUUGGGGUCAGGCGGAGACAGUUGGCUCCCCGCAACUGGAUACUGGUCUUAUCAACGGAAACAAUGUCUUUGGAGACGACGACUCCUCCAGCCAGACAGGUAGCAGAUUCAGCACCUCAUUUGUCUCGGGGAAGUCAUACCGGCUUCGUGUGACGAAUGUUGCAUGCGAUACUCAGUUCAAGUUCAGUAUAGAUCAUCACACUUUAACCGUCAUAGCGAUGGACUUCGUUCCGAUCGAGCCCUAUGAAGCCACUGCAAUAAAUAUUUCAAUCGGACAGCGCUACGAUGUAAUAGUGAAAGCAGACCAAGCCGCAGUUGCGGAAUCAUUUUGGCUCCGCGCUACACCACAACUAUCUUGUUCGCUGAACAACAACGCAGAUAACAUCCGAGGUAUAAUAUAUUAUGAGAAGUCAUCCGGGGGUUCGCGCAAGCCUUCUUCCCUCGUCCCCAGCACAACGGGUUACACCCUGACAGAUAUCUGCGAGGAUGAGCCAACAUCAAAACUCAUUCCGAUCGUUUCCAAAGAACUUUCUCUAGUUUCAUCCGAUUUCUACUAUAACGAGAAUCUACCGGUUACGGGUUCCUUCAACGAAAACUCCCUCUUCCGCUGGUAUCUCAACGGAACCUCCAUGCACGUCACAUGGUCUCAGCCAACAUUACUGGAUUUCUUCGAGUACAGCGGGCCAGGAUAUCUCGAUGGAGAACCAGAGUCGCAGAACAAUACCCAGAAAGAACGCGCCGUCCUCCCCAUCCCUAAAGCAGAUACAUGGGUCCUGGUAGUUAUUGAAACAACCAUGGAAGCCCCUCAUCCGAUCCACCUCCACGGACAUGACUUUCUCAUUGUCGCGCAGGGCAAUGGAUCAUGGAACACAAAUUCUCAAAAUCUACGUUUAAAGUACGCUGCUGGCACACUCCCAAAACGGGACACGGCUCUACUCCCCGCACUGGGUCACUUGGUACUGGCCUUCCGGACCGAUAAUCCCGGUGCAUGGUUAAUGCAUUGUCAUAUAGGAUGGCACCUUGAUCAGGGAUUUGCAUUGCAGUUUGUUGAGCGGGAGCCCGAGGUCAGGAGGAUGUUUGAAGGAGGGAGUGGAUCUGGGGGAUGGUGGGAUUAUGGCAGGACGAUGAAACAGAAUUGUGAUGAUUGGAAUUGGUAUAACCGUGGCGGUCAGGUGGUGGAAACUGGGGCAGGGAUCUAG